CAGCCAUAACACCAAUCCAUCUCUCUCUGAUCAAAUCUCCCAUCUUCGAGUUCGAUUCAGACUUGUUCUUCCCUUCGUCCCUCUCAAGAUGCAGAUCUUUGUCAAGACUCUCACCGGGAAGACUAUUACUCUCGAGGUCGAGAGCAGCGACACCAUCGACAAUGUUAAGGCAAAGAUCCAGGACAAGGAGGGGAUUCCUCCGGAUCAGCAGAGGCUCAUCUUCGCCGGAAAGCAGCUGGAGGACGGGAGGACCUUGGCGGAUUACAACAUCCAGAAGGAGUCCACACUGCACCUGGUUCUCCGUCUGCGUGGAGGCAUGCAGAUCUUCGUCAAGACGUUGACCGGAAAGACGAUUACUUUGGAGGUCGAGAGCUCAGACACCAUUGACAAUGUCAAGGCAAAGAUCCAGGACAAGGAGGGCAUCCCACCGGAUCAGCAGAGGCUGAUCUUCGCUGGCAAGCAGCUUGAGGAUGGAAGGACCCUCGCUGAUUACAACAUCCAGAAGGAGUCCACUCUCCAUCUCGUCCUGCGUCUCAGGGGUGGUAUGCAGAUUUUUGUGAAGACCCUGACUGGAAAGACGAUCACUUUGGAGGUUGAGAGCUCUGACACCAUCGACAACGUCAAGGCGAAGAUCCAGGAUAAGGAGGGCAUUCCCCCAGACCAGCAGAGGCUUAUCUUUGCUGGCAAGCAGCUCGAGGAUGGAAGGACCCUCGCAGACUACAACAUCCAGAAGGAGUCUACCCUUCACCUUGUCUUGAGGCUGAGAGGAGGUAUGCAAAUCUUUGUGAAGACUCUGACCGGCAAGACCAUCACUCUGGAGGUGGAGAGCAGUGAUACCAUUGACAAUGUCAAAGCUAAGAUUCAGGACAAGGAGGGCAUCCCACCAGACCAGCAGAGGCUCAUCUUUGCAGGGAAGCAGCUCGAGGACGGCCGAACCCUGGCCGAUUAUAACAUCCAGAAGGAGUCAACUCUCCAUCUGGUCCUCAGGCUCAGGGGAGGAAUGCAGAUCUUCGUCAAGACCCUUACUGGAAAGACCAUCACAUUGGAGGUGGAGAGCAGCGACACAAUCGAUAAUGUGAAGGCAAAGAUCCAGGAUAAGGAGGGAAUCCCACCAGACCAGCAGAGGCUGAUCUUCGCUGGCAAGCAGCUUGAAGAUGGAAGGACUUUGGCCGACUAUAACAUCCAGAAGGAGUCUACCCUCCACCUUGUCCUGCGUCUCCGUGGUGGCUUCUAAAUGAGUGUUCCGGCUCUGGUGUUGCUAUUGUCUGUUUGGUGUUGUGAUGGCUUUUGAAGGUUGUUGGUUUUAUGAUGGAUGUUUGAAGAAUGUUUUUCUUUUAAGUUUCGGGUUUUCAUGGGAUAGCCUAAUGGCUUCUCAAGUUUCAAGCUUUGUUUCUUUCAGUACUAUGUUGGCCCUGGUGGCAUUGUGAACAGUUCUCUCUUUUGUUCUCUGUUGUGUUGAAUAAUAACGUCGGAAGUAUUUCGUAUCUAUGGCCAAUUUCUCUUCAUUUUGAUCCCA